GUGGGCGGAAGUGUCGGCCCUUUAUUUCAAAAACGGAGUGAUGUCAAACAACAGCGGCAGACUCUCUGACAAAGUCAGCUGUCUUCUAACCAGCUCAUUCAUCGCCUAUAAACCGGUCGGAGAAGAUAACUCGAAGUCCGCGACGUAGCCUAACCAUUCUGCAGAGGUCGUUCGGAGGCUUGAAAUGACAACAUCCUCGAAUGCCAUGAACGCAUCGCAGUUCUCCAGCCCGUUGCACCUGCAUGUAGUUAAUAUCAGAGGACUCGUGAAAGGAAAGUUUGGCUCUCAAAUACGAGCAUUUUUCAUGUGACUACUACAGAUCUUUUUGAAUGUAAGAUCAUAUCUGAACCAAGACCACGGGAGAGCUUCGUGUCAUUCAUGGACACGGGGAGGAACUUCGCGCAUUGAUCAGCCAUAAAAGAGGAUGUUUGUUUGUUGCUGUUGUUUUUUCCCCAUAUAAUUCUUGAUUGUGCAUAUAUUUUAUAAGAGAUGGCAUGGCAUCCCUGUUUUCUCCGCUGGUUCCGAUGGCUUCGGUAGGACGAUAUUAAUGUGGGUGGACCUUGGCGCAUCUCCAACGGAUAUUUUUUAGGGGGGCUGGAGGAUCGGGCUAUUUACUACAGCUUUGUAGUACUUUUUACAUCCAAACCAGCGGACAUCUAAACCAGUUUUUUUACGCUAGCACCAGAGAUAUUCUACCUCCUUUGUCAGGAUAUAAUGGCCGAGGACACAGCUAUAGAUAGGCUGAGCUCUGCAGCUGCGAUUGGCGAUCUUAAAGAAAUUGAGCAGACACUGCAAAGCAACGUGAACGUUAAUGAGAAGAACAAGUACGGCAGGACACCAUUACAGGUGAUGAAACUUGGCUGUCCGUGCAUAGCGGAGGCGCUGCUUCGAGCGGGCGCCGAUCCAAACGCGCGUGACCCCAUCCUAAGACUGACCAUCAGUCACGAUGCCGCGCGAGACGGAUAUCUGGAUACUCUACGGGUGCUCGCGCAGAACGGAGCUGAUGUCAAUCUCCCUGACAACGACGGCAACCUGCCUCUGCAUCUGGCGGCGCGUGAGGGACACCUGGCUGUUGUGCAGUAUCUCGUAUCUGACUGCAGCACGCCGCCUUUUGUGCCUAACGCAAAAGGCUACACGCCUCGUGACCUGGCGUUCAUGCACAAAAAACACAAAACUGUUGAGUGGCUGGAGAACAUUGCGCCUUCACAAUCCAGCUAGAGAUUAUGACUAUGGGCCUGUGUUUUUUUUUGUGUAACAGAGGUAGCAGACAAACGCUGAGUGAGCGAGUUAUUGCAUUGCAAACAUUUCAGCCAACUACCUCUCAUUGCAUUGUAAAAUAUUGGGCUCAGGGGCGUGUCUGUUUGUGAAGAACAAUUAACCUUUCAGUUGACUUUGCAUGUUAUUCACAUUGCCCCCAAUUUCAACUGGCUAAGUGGAUUUCAUUUUAUAUAUAUAUAUAUAUAUAUAUAUAUAUAUAUAUAUAUAUAUAUAUAUAUAUAUAUAUAUAUAUAUAUAUAUAUAAUUAUUAUUAUUAUAUAGGAUAUUAUUUUUAUGAGAUAUUUUUCAGGUCAUCUAAGUCUCCAUUUUAGAUUUGUAUUGAUAAUUUUAAUUUCUUUCACUAACUUCCAGGCCAAGCCUGUCCUAUAUGUCAUGUUUUAUAACAAGAAAAAACAAGAUAACCUAAAUUAAUUGAUGUGGUUAAAGAAACCAAUCUCCGUUUUUAUUAAAGUAUUGCACUAUAAUGGUCAAAAUCCACUUAACCCCUGACUGCUCUGUUUUUGUUGUGUUUAUAGUUUUAUUAAAUUUAACUUGCACUUUUGCUUGUAAUUAAUGCUUUUAACUGUUUUACUGUGAAAGCUUGUGUUUUGGCUUAUUGAAAAUAUUAAAACCUUGCAAAGGAACCAAAGACAGCUGUUAAACGGUUUCGUGACGUUGUGUGUUUAACUUUGGCCUCGUGUCACUGAAAUACGGGUAGGCCCAGAAAACAUUUAUGAGACUGUAUUAAUAAAAACAUGAAAUAUAAUUGGUUGAACAUUGAUAACUGUUUGACGUUGUCGAAUGUUUAAAACAAAAAUAAAACGCUGUGAGUUUCGCGGUGGCAGUUGUAUAUUUUUAGUGUAGUUUCACAGAGCACAAGUUGUCUGCCGUUCCCUCUGUAAACAGAAAAAGCCUUACAGUUGACAAUAAUCAGAUUUAGCUUUCAUUGUAGUGAAAAGGCGAAACUAAAUUAAAAUAAUCUGAUUUCCUUUGUCCUUAAAUUCAUUUGACGAGAAUUAACUACAUUUCUCUCAUCUUUAAAAUAUUGCAGUGGUCAGUUGCACAUUGUGUUUCUGUCCGGAUUUAAGUUUCUUAAAUAAAAGUCAUUAUUUGUUUUAAUAAAAUAAAAAUAUAUAAUUAUAACUGGUUGUGUAACUGAUUAGAGACUGUAAUAAAAGUGCCAUUAAAAAUAGUUGUGUUACUUAUAUAUCUUUUAAGAAUUCUAAUGAAAAAGCUCAUAUCAAAAUAUUAAUAUUCAACAAAUAAUGUUGUAUAAGUAACAAACAAGAAUAAAUAAUUUGACCUUCAUGACAAGGCACCUCUUAUUCAGGUAGAACUGAGUAUAAGACUAAUCCUAAUUAUUUUAGACUCAAAAAUUCAUGAUGUUUAAUAAAAAAUGCUUUAUGCUAAAUGCUUUACAUCGAUAACUAAAAGUUAUGUACACUCACAUUAAGAUCCAAGGACUGUAUUUUGAUACUGCUAUAAGAUACAUUUUAUAGUCAUUAGCCUAAAUCAUACACGUUUUCUCUCCUAAAUGUAUCAAACAAAGAAUCCAGAGAUCACAUAUCUAGGAACUUGAUACACGUGCUUUUAACUAGGUUAUCAAAUUAUCCUUUUCAUAAUCUCGAACAUCCUUAUUUGUUAUUGACCCACAGCAACAGCAACAGAAACGCAUGCACAAUGAAAUCCAAAUAUGCGUAAUGUUGGGCACAUUAUAUCUGUGCGUUCUCUUGCAGUAAACUAAAACAAACAUUUUGACGUGUGGUGUGUAGCAUUCAUUCAUUUCAAAACCAGACAACAAAUAGAAGUGGGUGGACACGUUUCAAUCGCGCAUUCGUAUAAGAAAAUGUGCCAUAUUUUCUUGGAUAAGCUGUGCGCUUUUAUUUUCAAGUUGGUGCGUCGUGGAUGCACGGAUUGUUGUUAUUACGUUUGCAGAAUACAAAAGAAAAGACGAUGCAUGAUAAAAUGGUGACUCCCGAAUGGUUUUCAUGGUCGAGCAGCAGCAGAAAUCCGUUAGAUCGGUGGGAGGAAACCAAAACAGUAGAUUGCGCAGUGCCAAGAUUUUCAAAUUUAGGCGCUUUCGGUGUAAAAACGCUUUUGAUUCUCUCCAACCCUACCCUGCAAGAGAAGACGACACUUGUAGUGUUCAAAACGCAGUUUUUUUGUUUAUGGAGAUGCCAUGCAGAAUCAUCUUCUUCCUGGUUGCGCGGCUGCGUAAAAUCUUUUAGAAACGCACGAUGCUUGCUCAAGCUUUAUGCUCCAAAUCUAAUGAAUUACAUUUAUGACAAUUAUACAGCUAUCGGUAUGGGUUUAUAUCGACAGUCAACGAGAAAAAGGUAAAUAAAGCCACGUCUAAAUGUGCAAAUGUUCUAGACAGGUUUGGGCAUGUCUAUGGUUUAUCAUUCAUGUAUAGUUAAAAUGUAAAAAAAGAAGCUUUUCGUGUUUAUUUGGAGAACUUUGCGUAGGUUAGUAAAAACAGUAACUUAUAAUCAAUAUAUAAUAUGUCGGAUGUAUAACAUUAUAAUGUGAAAUCGAAAGUUAGAGAUCACUAUGAUAAAAUAUAGAUUUUACUGAAGUUUUCAUUGUUGUCAAAGCUGAAAAAUAUUAAAUGAUGACCCUGCGUCCUCAGUCAUGUCGAUACAGACUAUAUUGUAUAAGCAUAUGCUCUCUAUAUAGGCAUAUAUAUGUGCAUACACCAAAAUGGUAACCUAAAAAAAAAUGGUGGCAUGCAUUUAUACCAGCAAAACUCAAUCUUAUGGGUUAAAUCAGGUAGAAAUUGCUCUUUAUUGUAACAACUGCAGGUAAUCUCUUUUUAUAGUGUGGCCAAAAUGCUAUUUUGUGUUAAACUGUGGUGUUUUGUUCACUGAUUGUAGAAUAUAUGGGUGUAGAGGUCUCCAUAUCUGACCUUUCAGAGAGUUUGAUCGAGCUGACAGUUAACAGUUAUAAGAGAACAGAUGCUUAAGGAGUCAGUCUUAUGUGGGGUUUUACAAUGGACUCAAUAGUAUAUCUCAAUAUACUUGAGAACAUUUUAAGAGGGGCCUUUUUGUUAUUUUAAAAGUAGUAAAAAAUAACUUUAUAAGGGUUUAUUCUGACUACAUGAAUGUUGGAGUGAACAGUUCCUUUUUUCUCAUUCAAAUGAUGCUAUUUUAAACACAUAACUGGGCACAUAGAAAAACAUACAGGACAAUACAAUUUAUAAUUUAUAAAAAAUAAAUAUACACAUUAUUUUUAUUAACAAUAUUUAUUUGUUUAUUUAUAUUAUUUUAUUAUUUAGUCGCCCUGUUACAAGAUCAGAACAAUUUGAACCAAAUGAAGACAUGAGGGAGCAUCAUGUGGCAGACCUUUCAUCUGCAUUUCACAAACUGUUUACAGAGGCCUGUGUCUGAUUUUUUUUCCCAGUGUCUGAUGUUUAAUUGCUCAACUGUGAUAUUUUGUUUUGUCCCAGUGAGGUCACUGAGUGUCAUAGUCUUUCAUCUUAGAAAAACACUUGUUUUUUUUACUUGUAUUUUUUACCAAUAUAUUUAUGUGCAUAUCUAUUUAUGUCAUGUUUUACAUCAAUGUAAUAUAAUAGUUUAAGUGUGUGCAUAUGAUAAUUACCUUUUUUUUUUACUUUUUUUUAAUAUAUAUGCAAAAAUAUACUGUAAAAAGUUGCAUGCAAUUAUUACAUUAAAAAGCUGUUUCUGCCUUAUCUAACAAUUAAACGGUAGUUUUGUUGAAAUAAAUUGAUAAAUAUAGGAUGGCUCAGUGAUGUAAAAUUUUAUUUUUGACAAAACAAGUUAUUUUAGAUGUCAUAAUUUUUUUUCAGUGUAGUAAAAUAAAUAAACGUCUGACCUAUCUUGCUUUAUAUUUGAAAGUUAAAGCAGAAUGCCUAAUAAAACACCCACUGCAUUACA